AUGGCACGUUGUGAAGCGGCCGAUGAAUGCCGUUGGCACUUAGGCGAAUUGCGUGUGAGGUGUACGCCGAGCUCAUGUCGACGAGCCGAAUGUUCCGCGGCAUUGCAACGUUUCGCAAGAUUCGUGCCGUUCGCACUGGUCGAGUCGAUGAUGUUCUGUCACUGCUCGGCUGGUGACUCGCUGUGCACACAACAGCAGGAAGUCGUUUAUCCAAAGUGCCUUUAUUCGACUUCGUCGACUGCUAUAACGUGUACGGAAGCCGUGCGGAAGUGCGACGAAGACCUUCGAUGUCGGGCUUCGGUCCUCGAACAACCGUGCUACUGUCCGUUGUCGGACGUGGAAUGUAUGGGACAUCAGCGAGUGAUGAUCCCAAACAACCCAUGCAUUGAAAAAGCAAUGCUCGAUUAUUCUCGUCUUAUGGGUUACACAAUCACAGCCGUGAAAACGGCAAGCAUCGAAACAAAUCGGGUUCUGGAGAACACCAAACAGUCGGAUGUCAAGGAAGGAUUCCAACCGUCGAGAACAAGAAUCGUGGUCGAUAGUCGAGGAAUUAUCAAAUCUGGAGCUGAUGGAUACUCGAGUGCUAGGAGAACGGACUACGGGCUCGGAGGACAAAUACGAAUUCCAUCGAAUGUGGAUGUUCCUCGUGAACGAUUUAGGGUUGAAAAAUGGAAGAGUUCAGCGACAGAAAACGAGGUUCGAGCACCGGAGCGUAGAAACGGUGACUCAAUCGAGACCACAUCGGCUACAUCGACAUUGAUGGCAACAUACAUGAGGACUCCCAAGGGAAGUAGUGAGGGAAAACGGAAAGAGAAGCCUCGUACUACGCUAUCACCGGUGAGUACGGAGCCUCCGCCUCCUUGGGUGACGACGACCGAAAAGUUGCCUACUACCACAGUUCCGUUUGUCACCCAUGCUCCACCACCGAAAGAAGGAUGCAAUGCGAAAGAUGCCAGUGGACGAGAAAUUUUCACUCAUAUUGGUACUGUGAUGCGGUGCCUACAUUUAGACUUCGGCGAACGUCUAUUUCUCCGUGACCGUGGGGCGUGUUUCUGCGAAUCGAGCACGUUUAUCUGCGAUUUUCCAGAAGAAAUGCCUGAACUCUAUCCAGGUAAAGCAGUACACUAUUUAUCGAAUAUAUUUCAAACAGUCACUGAUUAUUUCAGAGAACGUGGUUUUGCAAUGUAA